UGUUUGACAGAGACGGGAGAGGAAGCGAGACACCCCACUUGCUGUUUUGUGUUUGUCUGUGUUUUGGUUUCGGUUUUGUUUCAAUGGGGAUCAGUGAACUAAGUAGGCCAGACGCCGUUGUAUUGCAUUGGCGUCUAUGGGAGACACACCCAGUUAAGUUGACCGGAACUGAACGUUUGUUUUCAACGGUAAAUGGCCUGGGUGAUCUUAAUUUAUCCACCAUCUUUGAUGGGGAGAAGUCAACAAGGAUCCCAGUAACGUUACUUUUCACUUAGAAAAUGGCAAAAUGGUCUGUCGCAGAAUAAAUUUCAGAGCAACUUGGAACAAAUACCUGGAUUUCUAGUAUUGUAUUUUCACAUAGGAAAGUUGGGGGUCUGAGGAGAGAUGCCUGUCGAAAGUGGAAGCAGUGCAUCCUCCCGCCAGGCCAAGCAGAAGCGCAAGUCCCACAGCCUGUCCAUCCGUCGGACCAACAGCACCGAGCARGAGCGCACAGGUUUACAGAGGGAGAUGUUGGAGGGACAGUCUAAGUCUGCUGAUAAUCUGCAUCACUAUUUGAAACCUGAGGAUUCCAAACUACCAUUGUCUCUGAGGAGCAAUCUUUUGGACCUCUUUGGCCAGAUUGAGAGGGAGUUUGAAAACCUCUACAUUGAAAACAUUGAGUUGCGUAGAGAGAUUGAAACCCUGAAYGAUCGUUUGACAGCUGAAGGACAAACCAUCGACGGGGGAGACUUGACUAAGGGGGCACUUAAAGCGAAAGCAAGUCAUAGCACAAGUCAACUUUCUCAAAAACUGAAGACAACUUAUAAGGCUUCUACAAGCAAGAUCGUCUCCAGUUUUAAAGCCACCACGUCCAGAGCCGUGUGCCAGCUGGUCAAGGAGUAUGUAGGCCACAGGGAUGGUAUAUGGGACCUGAGUGUCACCAGGACACAGCCCAUGGUGCUGGGCACAGCAUCAGCAGAUCACAGUGCUAUGCUAUGGAGCAUCGAGACUGGAAAAUGCCUACUGAAGUAUCUAGGUCAUGCAGGAUCAGUUAACUCUAUCAAGUUCCAUCCCACGGAACAGAUGGCUCUUACAGCGUCUGGUGACCAGACAGCCCAUAUCUGGAGGUACACGGUGCAGCUGCCCACCCCACAGCCUGUAGCCGACAUCAGUCAGACGCCCUGUGACGACGACAUAGACUUCUCAGAUAAGGACGAGGCUGACGGGGACGGUGACGGCCCUAACGAGUGUCCCUCCAUCCGCGUCUCUUCCACUACCCUCAGGAGCCACCAGGGGGUGGUCAUUGCUGCAGACUGGCUGGUGGGGGGCAAGCAGGUGGUCACAGCCUCUUGGGACCGGGCUGCCAACCUGUACGAUGUGGAGACCUCUGAGCUCGUCCACUCACUCACUGGCCACGACCAGGAGCUGACCCACUGCUGCACCCACCCCACCCAACGUCUGGUGGUCACCUCGUCCAGAGACACCACCUUCCGUCUGUGGGACUUCAGAGACCCCUCCAUCCACUCUGUCAAUGUGUUCCAGGGACACACUGACACGGUGACGUCAGCAGUGUUCACUGUGGGGGACAACGUGGUGUCUGGGAGUGACGACCGCACCGUCAAGGUCUGGGACCUCAAGAACAUGAGGUCACCCAUAGCUACCAUCCGCACAGACUCUGCCGUCAAUAGGAUAAGUGUGUCAGUGAACCAAAGAAUCAUUGCUCUUCCUCACGACAAUCGUCAAGUCCGGCUGUUUGACAUGUCAGGAGUGCGGCUGGCUCGACUCCCACGCAGCAACAGACAGGGCCACCGGCGCAUGGUGUGCUGCUCAGCCUGGUGUGAGGAUAACUCUUCCUGUAACCUGUUCAGCUGUGGCUUCGACCGGCAGGCCAUCGGAUGGAACAUCAACAUACCCGCGCUGCUGCAGGAGAAGUGAGCCCAGCCAGGACAGGUCCAGAGUCACCUCUGAGCCACCUGCCUGGCCCAUCUGCUAAUUGAGCCCAUCUUAAGAGCUGAUCCCUGGUCAGUCACAUACCCUGACCCUCAGGCAGGGAGGGGAGAAGAUUGAUCGAGGACCCCCCCUCCCGACCACUCUCUCUUUGUGUCAAUUCCUAUAUUCUUUUGACACUCCAAAUGUGGGCACAGUCUGGUCUACAUGGUCUGAAUAUACAUACCAUAAUACAUACAUGUGUGACAGUGUGUGUGGUGGAUUUCAAUCUUGCCCAUGUACAGAAAAUGUGAAGGACUACUCUCUGCUUUGUUGUUGGGCUUAUUUUGAUCCGUUUAUUCAUCAAAUGAUUAAUCAAAUUGCUGCUGAAGAUAAAUAGCACAGUGUCGAACAGGAGGUAUGGGGGGGGUAAAUGUAGUGUGGCUAAUUUUCAGUUCAGAACAAGUCUGUCCCACGUAGAUGGUGUAGCCUUAGAAUAUGAUGAUGUUGAUGAUCAGCAUUUCAUGGAGACUUGUGUUCUGAAAUGCCACACAUCUGCUUUCUACCUAUCUAACCUGCUCAGAUGUACAGCAGGCCAAGCUAUAUAGCUGUCAUUUUGGCAGAGCCACACCUUGUAGAAGUCUACAGGUCCAGGACAGUCUACUGCUGAUUAACUGAGCUCUGCUUCGUACAAUACAAUGAGGCUACAGUACAGUGAGUUCUUGUGGCUCUGUCAUGCACCUUUUAAAACCAAUAGCUGUUACAGUUUAUUUUGUUGUGUAACACUUUUUAGCCAAAAUCCCAUUGCAGCUUUUGUACAGGAUGUUAAGAAGCCCACUCCGACACAUUAUGUUGUACCAUUGGAAUAACCUGUGUAAACAAUCCAUGUUUUGGGGGUGGAGGUUGAUCGUCUUCACCAUUUCAAUAGGCACUUCAUUUGUGUGUAAUAUUCAUAACUGAGUCUUAGAAAGUAAGCCGUUCUGAAAUUGCUGUUUAGAUAGAGUUUACCGUUAGCUGUAGAGUUUACCGUUAGCUGUAGAGUUUACCGUUAGCUGUAGAGUUUACCGUUAGCUGUAGAGUUUACCGUUAGCUGUAGAGUUUACCGUUAGCUGUAGAGUUUACCGUUAGCUGUAGAGUUUACGAGCAAUAUUAAUUGGUCAAGUGUAUCUUCAAAUAUUUUAGCAGUGCCAUUAGUCAGUAUUGAAAACCUGUUACAGGGAUACAUAGACCAGUCCUGUUUGUUUCCACAUGGUACUUUCGUAAGUGGAAUCUCAUUAAUAGCAUUCAAAUGCAAUAGCUGUAACAUGCUUGUGUGGUCAGUGAUCAUGGCAUUAAUGUCUGCUUCCAAAACAACAAACUGCAUAGAAAACUAAAAGAAGAGAUUGUUGUGAUGUGUUUGGGGGGGAUAGUAUGAUGUCACAAAGUACCGGUGUCUGUUUUUGUUUUUAGAUGAAGAGAGUUGAUGUUGGCCUCUAAAACAUUUGGAGCGUAAUUGUCUGCAGGAAUCACUUGGCAGGCAGCACAGUUGACUAAAUUCCUGCUCUUCCCCAGACAAAUGYUAAAAAAGGAUCUAUGUAGCUCAGUACAUGAGACAAGACAGUUUUAUUUCAGUAGUAAAGGCUUCUGUAGAGACUUUUAGAUAUACUUUGUGUUUUGCCAAUGUAUAACAAAAUKAUGCUCAUUAAUAUUGAUACAGCCACAUUGAACAUCUUAUAUCCCAUAUUGAAUAGUUAUCGUGACAUGUCUAAAAAAGCCAUGAAGCCAAGUGUAGAAGAAGCCCACGGUUUUAAGUGAGCAUAACUUUCCUUUCACAAUAAAUCUCACAUCUGGUGCAAAUUAAAUGUAAUAUAUUCCGAUAUAUUCAAAGUGGCCCAUUUGGCUUAAUGGUGUCUUACUGCUGCAUAUUCUAUUAACCUUUUUAAUGUUAUGAGGUGCUAUUUUCAUUUCUACUAGUUCUUCAUCCUGUGCAGUUGGAUCUCUUAGGUUUCAUUGACUGAAGUAUUGUUGCUUUAAUCUAUAGGGGUUUGCAUAAAUCUCAAAUACUGAUUUAGUUGUAAUUCUCACGUAUCAUUUACAUCCGGGAUGUCUUAGAGGGCGACGGCUAGCCUGCUCCCAGAUCUGUUUGUGCUCGAGCCAACUCCAUUGGUCUUUAUCAAGCCAAACAACAUGACAGCGRGUGGAUUCCAUUAUGCUGAGCCGUGGGGUACCGGUCCAUGGCCCAUGACGUGAAAGGGSAAAAGCGGUGGGGGAGGAGCACCCUUCYCAAAUCAAACAGUAAUCUGCGCCACUUGGUCAUGUCAGCAUCUCUUUUCUAUAAAAUGUUUGAAUUUUCAGACUAGUUUUCAUUGGAAAGGCUGAUUUAAAAAAAAAAAAGCGUUUAUCAAAAGCAGUCACUUUUUGCAUUUGAAAACAGAAUCCAACUCAUCACUCCACGUGCUUAGUUACGUCACUUUUGUUCCGAGCCGACUUCGCCUUGGGCUUUGAACGCGGCAUCUGGCUCCAAAACGAAUGCAAUCAACUUUCACCCGGUGCAAAACACGCCUACCAGAGCCAGAUGAAUCAAAUCCCCUCAAUGAGUGACAAGGAGUUGGCAUGAUGGCACAAACAGACUGGCACUCAAGCAAGCUACUGCAUAUUUUGUUGUGCAGUCCUAUGCAUGACUACCACAUGAUGUAGUACAAGAUGCAUUUAUUCAGUGAUUAUAGUAGGCUGUUAAAUGGGUUGGUAAAAUAAGAGGUGCCUCUUGGACCGAAGCCGUCCAGGAUUGUCAUCAUCACUGAUUGAAGUGAAACAGAUUUGUUUGAAUGGCAAAAAUAUCAAACGUGUGGCCUCACUGGCCUGUGAAUGUGUCAUUUUAAAAUGGUUUUCCAGUAUUUUCUUAUUUGCAGACAGUCUAUCUACAGAACUGGAUUUGAUUGCACCUGAACUCAAGCCACAUCCCAGAUCUGUUUGUGUUCUUGCCAACUCCACUGCUCGUUUGGCAUUUGUUACAAUGAGUUUGCAUGAUGGCACACAGACUGGCACUCCGGCUACCUGAACUCCUUAAUCACACAUCCGGAGCCACCAUGUUUAGCUAAUUGACCAUGUUUAUCAUCAACUUUAAUAGUUUUGUUAUUAUUUGAUUAUUUACAUUUCAGUCUCAUGGUUUUCUCCCUCAUAAUGUAAAUCUGGUCCUGUGUUCCUGCUCUUUUGURUACCAAAGGGCACCCUAUUCCCUUUACAGUGCACUACUUUUGACAUGAGCCCUAUGGGGCCUGGUCAGAAAUAGUGCACUACGAAAGAGGUAAUGUGCCAUUUGGGAUGUAUCCCUCAUUACAUCACAAAUUUAGCAACAGAAAUCAACUGUGCAAUAGCUUUAGUAAAAAUGUGUUUUUUUUACYUAGCUAAUGAUAUUGUAAGAGUGCCACUAGUACAUAAAUCUCAACAUUAAACAGUUUUUGCUGACAGCGGUGUUGUGAGAGAGCUAUGUAUAAGGUACAACAGCUUGUGAAAUAAAAUGUUGUGCCGUUUUAUUCCCUCA